ACAGGAAACCUGGAAGCCCAUGGUUCUGUAUGGAGCCUCGGUCCUGCAGGAAGGUGGCACAUGAGGUCUACUGAGGGCACCGUAGGUAGAACCCUGGCCCUGUGUGAGGUGAGGCUUGGUUGCCAAGUGACUGCCCCAGGGCAGCCACCCACUGUUGGAAGGAAUCUGCUUGCUGUGCUCACCCCUUAGCUGCAGCCUCCCUAGUAUUGCUCCUUCCCUUAUCACCAUGGCACGGCAGCUCAACAUGGACACGGAGCUGCAAAACUUCUGGAAGGAGGAAUAUCUAAGGGAGAAGACAUUGCGCUGUGAGUGGCUCCGCAAAUACGGGACUUUGGUGAAAGCAAAGCAGAAGGCAAAGGCUGCAGCCCUCCUACCCCUCAAACUACCCAUGCUGCGACCCAAGGCCCCGCUGUCACCCACACCUGUUCCCAAAGCAGCCCCUGCCAAGGCCCCCAGACCUGUCCCACAGGCUCCUUCUUACUCAGAAAUGUACCCAGUACCACCUGCCACUCGGGCCCUGCUGUAUGAAGGCAUCUCCCACGACUUCCAGGGGCGCUACCAGUACCUCAACACCCGAAAACUGGACAUGCCAGAGAGGCGCUACCUCUUCCCCAUCACCACCAGCUUCACAUAUGGCUGGCAGCUGGGUCCCCCAGUGAAGCAAGAACUGGUCUCCUGCAAGAUGUGCCGCAUUGAGUCGUUCUUCCGCAAGAACGGGGCCUUCGCACUGCUGGACCCCAGGGACCUGGCCUUCUGACUUUGGGGCUUGAGGUGGGAAGAGGAAAUAACAGGCCUCCCUCCCAGUGGAGUGAAAUUGCUGUGUCUGUGUCUCUGCUCUCGCAGGCCCUGGGGCUGCACUCUGGGCUUUUGCUAAACUACCUCGGACCUAGAGGUCGCCCACUUGCAUUUUC